AUGUUUGAGAUAGUAAUCUUACUGCUUUAUUUUGCAUGCUAAAUUGCUUAAUGCUGAACUGAAAAGAUCAUUUUCUUAAUCCUGUUGCAGUGGGUAAGGGGUCUUAAAAUGAAUUUAGGCUCUUCAAACCCAUAUUCCAAUGGAUUAUUAUAUGCAGGAUUCAAUCAAGAUCAAGGAUGUUUUGCCUGUGGAAUGGAGAAUGGUUUUCGUGUAUACAACUGUGACCCAGUAAGAGAUAAAGAAAGACACGACUUUCCAGAUGGAGGCUUAGGUUAUGUUGAGAUGCUUUUCCGUUGCAAUUAUCUGGGACUUGUCGGAGGUGGAAAGGUGCCAAAAUAUCCACCAAAUGCAGUGAUGGUGUGGGAUGACCUCAAGAAGCAGCCUGUGAUAUCGCUAGAAUUCAGUUCGCGCGUGCUGGGAGUAAGAUUGAGACGAGAUCGUAUCGUCGUCGUCCUUGAAGGUGUUAUCAAAGUCUACACGUUUAUCCAGGAACCAAAACCACUCCAUGUGUUUGAGACCCACCCUAACCCUAGAGGCCUGUGCGUCCUGUGUCCCAACAGUAACAACUCGCUGCUGGCAUUCCCCGGCCGCAAGAGUGGCUACAUACAAUUAAUACACCUGGCUGAGGCAGAGCGGCCGCCCCUGGACAUAGCUGCUCAUACGUCACCACUCACCUGCCUGGCUCUCAAUCUGCAAGGCACACGGAUAGCCUCCGCCAGUGAGAAGGGGACCUUGAUCCGCGUGUUUGACACUGUGAAGGGUCACAUGUUGUAUGAGUUGAGGAGAGGAGCCAACACAGCUCAGAUAUACUGUAUUAACUUCAACCAUGAUUCAACAAGACUCUGUGUGUCCAGUGAUCAUGGGACAGUUCAUGUUUUUUCUGUUGACGAUCAAAACCAGAAGCUUAAUAAACAAUCUAGCCUUGCGUCAGCUACAUUUUUACCCAAGUACUUUGCCAGUCGCUGGAGCUUCUGUAAGUUCCAAGUGCCCGGUGGUCCACAGUGUAUAUGCGCCUUCGGAGCCGAAAAUAACUCUGUUAUAGUCGUCUGUGCAGACGGAAACUACUUCAAGUUCCUCUUCAACAACAAAGGGGAAUGUUUCAAGGAAAAAUCCUGCAAUUUCCUAGAAAUGACUGACUAACGUUAGUAACGUUGAUUGCUGAUUGCACCCUUUGUAAAUGUUCCCACCUGUGAAGCAUGUCACAUUUUCCUAAAAUUGUCUUAUUGAGAAAAGACGAUUUGAAAAACAAUUUUUCUUUGAAUCAAGUUUGGUAUUUAAAAGUCUUUGUCGCUUGAUAUCCUGAAAACGAUUAA